AUGGCCGCACCCUCGCUAAACCCCCCCACCACCUCCCUAUCAUUCACCUCCCUCAACGACGACAAACCCACCACCAUCAUCCUCCUCCACGGCGGCUUCACCAGCCGUCUCGAAUUCGCGCUCGUCAUCCCCCACCUCUCCGCCUUCCACCUCCUCCUCCCCGACCUCCCCCUCCACUCCGCCUCGCGCCACAUCACCCCCGGCACGACCGACAACUCGGCCCGGCACGUCGUCGACCUCAUCCAAGCCCACGCCCACGGCGGCCAAGCCCACGUCGUCGGCGUCUCCAUGGGCGGCUACAUCGGCCAGUGCCUCGCACUCGACCGCCCCGACCUCGUGCGCUCGCUUUUCGUCACGGGUGCCGCCCCCGCGGUGGGCAAGCGCCUCUUCAUGGCGCGCUGGACGACGCUGACCUACUACAGCAUGAAGUUGAUGCUGUGCUGGCUGCCGGAGUGGGUGUAUCGGUGGCAGACGGCGCUGAUGGGGUUGAAGCAGAGUGAUGACCUGGUGGCGGAGUUGAGGGCUAAUAUCACGUGGCCGCUGGUGCGGGAUAUGUUUCCGUGGAUUUUGGGGUUUACGUUGGAGGAUGUGCGGCGGUUGAGGGUGCGGACGCUGACGGUUGCGGGCGCGAGGGGGGAUGAUGUGCCCAUGCUGGAAAGGACGGCGGAUGCGUUGAGGAGAAGACGGACGGAUGGGGGGGAGGCGUGGCCUGAGGAUGGGUCAGGGGGGGUAGUGUUGAGGGAGGCGGAGCAUGCGUGGGACUUGCAGUUUCCGGAGUUGUUUGCUCAGGGGGUGGCGGCUUGGGUUGAGGGGGGGGAAUUGCCCAAGGAGUUUGAGAGGGUUUAG